UAUAACACAAAGAAUGAAUUACCAACUGUGAGAAGAGCAGAGGACUAGAGGAUUGUCUCUGCAGACAGCAUUAGAGGUGGUUGCUGCUACUUUAUUGAGUGGAGUUCUGGCGACUCCAAAGUGCUUUUCAAAAUGAAAUUUGACAAUGUCCUCUCAGAAAUCAAUGGAUUUGGAAAAUUCCAAACAAUGAUCGUCCUGAUUCAGAGCCUCUCUCGCAUGACCCUGCCAUGUCACUUCUUACUGAAUAACUUCAUAGCUGCUGUGCCCUCUCACCACUGUGACCUCAGCGCUCUGGAUGAUGAGGGUGUCUUUGGGAAUCUGACCCAGGAGCAGAGACUGACUGUCAGUAUUCCAGUACAGGAAGAUGGGACUCCAAGCUCCUGCAAGAUGUUCCCAGAACCCCAGUUCCAUCUCCUGUCCAACUCCAAUGACAGUGACCUAGCUACAGUCCCCUGUCAGAAUGGAUGGGUAUAUGACAACAGCACCUUCAAAUCCACUCUGGCUACAGAGUGGGACCUUGUAUGCGAUAGAAAAGGGAUGAACAAAGCGACAGCCACCAUUUUCUUCAUUGGAGUAAUGUGUGGGGCUCCUUUAUUCGGUUUCCUCAGUGACAGAUUCGGCCGGAGGCCAAUGCUGAUGGUGGCUUACCUAGCAACUAUGGUGUUUGCUUUUACCAGUGCCUUCUCCACCUCCUAUGUCAUGUUUUGUAUCAUGAGAUUUUUCACCGGAGUGACACUAUCUGGAAUAAGCAUAAUCUCCAUUGUACUCAGUGUGGAAUGGUUUGACAUUCAACACAGGACAUUUGCUGGAGUGAUAGUAAGCCUGGAUUGGACAUGUGGAAACAUGCUGCUAGCUAGCAUUGCAUACUUUGUGAACGACUGGAGGUGGCUGACCAUAGCAGCUACCUCGCCUCUUGUCUUGGCUGUCAUUACCUGGUGGUGGCUUCCAGAGUCUGCUAGGUGGCUCUUAGCGAAUGGAGAAGAAAAAGCCCAUUUCUACCUGGAGAAAUGUGCCAAGAUGAACAACAGAUCCAAGUGUAUGGCUGAGAUCACACCACAGACCCUUACGAAUGCAGUAAGAGUUAAAGAUGAGGAGAAGAAGUACGGUUUUGUGGACCUUGUGAGAACUCCAAAUAUAAGGAAACUUUCCAUUUGCACAGGAAUACUAUGGUAUGGAGUUGCAUUUACAUAUUACGGCAUCAGCUUGAACAUCACUGGGUUUGGCAUGAAUGUCUACUUCACACAGUUCAUAUAUGCUGCCAUCGAGUUGCCUGGAAAGAUAAUGGUCUAUUAUUUCUUGAACAAGUUUGGCCGAAAACCUGGACAGGUUGGGACAUUGCUUUUGACUGGAACCUGUAUCUUCAUCAACAUAUUUGUUCCUCAAGGUUUGUGGGUGUUUCGUACCAUCGUGGGUCUUUUUGGGAAAGGCCUGUCUGAAGCAUCCUUCACAAUAAUGUUCCUUUAUACCACUGAGCUCUACCCAACAGUAGUUCGGCAGAACGGCGUUGGCUACACCUCUUUUGUGGGUCGGCUAGGCGUGUCCAUCGCUCCCCUCAUCGCCCUAUUGGACGUUGUGUGGGAGCUCCUCCCUGCUGUGAUAUAUGCCUUGGUGGCUGUUGGUACCGGACUAGUGGCUUUGCUCCUCCCAGAAACACUCAAUGUUCGCCUGCCAGAGUUCAUCGAGGACAUAGAAAAACCAAGAGCGGAACUGGAUGGAGAGAGUGGCAAUCCACUGAAGCAAGCUGAUGAAAACAGGAAUGGAAAUGGAACAGUUGAGGUUACAUGAAUCCACGCAGAGAUCCUAUUAGAUUAUAAAAGGAUUAGUUAUGUAGUUAUAUGUGAAUCCAUGUCACUCAGAGAGACAGUAGUUUUCAAGCAAAUGCAUGAUAGAUGAACAGAGCAGAAUAUCUACCUAGAAGAAAUAUAAUGGAUGGACCAAAAGUGGAUGGAUGGACUAUUACUUACCUGUUUAUUACUUGGUGAAAGAUAGAUGAAUUGUAGCCCAUUUUUCUUACAUGGUCAUUAUUGAAUCUACUGUUUUGUUCUUCAUAAAUACUGGUGUUUGUGUGUCUUUGCAAUAAAUCUGCAAUAAAUCUGUGUUCUAUA